AUGGACGAGCGAACCCAACAGGUGUCCCUCAUGGGCGACAUAUACAAGCAAGCGAUGCAAACUGCAGUGUGGUUAGGAGAAGCUGAUGAAGCGUCCAACAUGGCGAUGGAUUUUGCACUCCUAAUACAUCGAGUACGGGUAAAAGACGAUAGAGUCGAUCUUACGCAUACUGCUGCCGGCAUCCCCUGCCGUCGCUUGGAAGGUUUGCUCAGGAGACAGAUCGCGUACCAAGACGAUGAGAUUGCCCACCCUGAUUUACAAGCCAUGAGGCGGGCUGUUCAGAAUUUUUUCAGUCGCCAGUGGUUCAGGCGUGUGUGGGUGCUACAAGAGGUGAUCAACGCGCCAGUGGUUGUCCUCAUGGCCGGAGAGAAGGUCAACCACUGGUCAGACGUGUUGACCUUAGCAUCUUGGGAAAAUAGCGUCGCACUGCACUUAGGUGAGAUUCGAUAUGGCGAUAUUCAAGAAUCAGUACCAGGAAUUCCGUUCAUCCCCGACACUGAGCGAAGCAAAGAAUUGCCUGAACUGUGGGCUUUUCUAAGCCGGGAGUGCAGGGAUGGUAAAUACCCGUCAAUCCUUGAACUAAUCUUUCGACGCGAUCAACUCGAAGCAUCCGACCGCCGGGACCACGUCUUCACUCUGUUCAACCUGUCGAGGGAGUGGAACAGGCUCGACCAAUCAGAGCUGCCGUCUGGAUUCCGCCCAGAUUAUUCCAAGGAAGAUCCGAUUCGAGUCUACGCAGAUUUUACUAGAGCAGUAGUCUCCCAGACAAACAACCUUGUCGUCCUCUCCGCCGUGGACACGUUCAAGUCUCCAGGCCCAGGGCAGGGCGGGGAUGCUGCGCCAUCUUGGGUGCCGUUGUUUGAUCAACACUUCAAUUUCCGCCGUUCGCUAGGUUUCAUGGGCUAUCCCGAGCUCAAGGCAAGUGGACGAAGUACGCUUUCGGUGUCCGACGUGGUGGAUGUUGGCUUAUUGUCACUGCGAGGGAUUGCAGUGGAUGUGGUGGGGUGUGAGAAAAGUGCAGUCUCUGACCUAUUGACUGUACGCCGGUGUCGGGACAGCCAGGUUCGGGAGCUGUUGCUUGACUCAUUUGAGGAUGGAAUACAGAGGCUGUGGCAGUCUAUCAACUGGAGAAUCAACCAAUAUCCGACUAGUGAACCUCUUCUGGAAGCAUUCGUACUUACCAUCAUAUGCAGCUGCAAAGAGGAGCGAACGAGAUCGAUUGUUCGCAACAUGGCGCAGAUACCUGGACUGCUCAACGACUUCCUGGCGUAUUGGAGAAGACGGGAGCCUGAUUUUGCAAGCCUCUUGGGUAGGGAGGACCUCCCUCUGCGCCGCCAGGACCUUGUAUCCCUCGGCAAACAGGGAUCCCCAAGUUCGUUUGGGAAACGCCUGAUGUGGACCUGCGACUCUCGCCGCUUCUUCAUGACUGAAAGGUCGUAUAUCGGCUUGUGCCCGCGUGCCACUCGGCCCGGCGACAAGAUAGUAAUCUUCAACGGCGCAAAGGUCCCCUACGUGGUGCGACCAACGACACCAACCGAAGCGACUAACAACACCAGACACCAGCUCAUCGGAGAGUGCUACGUGCAGGGACUAAUGGACGGAGCACUCAUCCAGAAACAAAGGCAACCCCACGGCGCGCUGCACGAGGAGACAUUCGACUUGCGAUAA